GUUAAACAUAUAUUGUAUUUGAUGCAUGAAACAUGCUCAAAAAAACUAAAUAGGAUAGCCUACCAUAAUAUUUUGACUCCUGUUCAGUGGCAACACUGCAAAACUGUUCACACCUGAUAUCCUUGAGCAACAGAAGCUUGCUGUACUGGAAGGCACUUAGUUUGACAGAAGCAUAUUUGAAUGAUCAAUGAUCUAAAAACCUGAAUGCUGCAUGGUGUUAAUCUGAAGUGGGCUCGUGAUCUCAUUAGAUCGCACACACACGCGCUUGUUCGGAUUACUCUUCGAGUGCGGAUUAUGGACAGGGACAGCACAGCAGACAUGACUUUGGACGUGCCUUCUGCGGUGUGGCUUUUUUACACGUUACGGCGUAACGAUUUAGUUCAGCCUGAAAUAUCUUGACCUGUUUUCUUGCACCUGACUGCCUUCUCCGCAUCAUCUGGCAUCAUGGCUGACAUACCCCAACUGAUUAAAGUCGGCGUCUCGCUGAAAACCACUCCGAAUAACGGACCAGUCUACUUCAAAUCGGACGGGACGAGGUUCGGUCAGACCCGAACCAUCAAAUUACUGACGGGAACUAAAUAUAAGAUCGACGUGAUCGUUAAACCGGGAGCGGUGGAGGCGACAUCCAUGACUAUCGGCGGAGUGACUUUUCCGAUGGAGCAGCAGUCGAAAGACCCUCAGUCCGUAGUGUACACUGGCAUGUAUGACACUGAGGGAGUAACACACACCAAAAGCGGAGAGAGGCAACCUGUGCAGGUCAACAUACAGUUCACUCAGGCAGGGCUUUUCGAGACCGUCUGGCAGGUCAAGUUCUACAACUACAACAAGAGAGACCACUGUCAAUGGGGGAACAGCUUCAACAGCAUCGAGUACGAGUGUAAACCCAACGACACACGCACCCUCAUGUGGAUCAAUAAAGAACUGUUUCUGUAAAA